AUGCAACUUCUUCGGAUAUCGUGUCCAGCAUCACAACUGGCUUUACUCUUCUUCCUACUCCAUUUGAGUGCCCUCUGCACUGCGAUCACACUCCCCCACGAUGUCCAUACCGUCGCAUUCACCAAACUUGUUCGCCACGAAGAGCAUCCCAUACAGCCGUCAACGCAGCCAUUCUCAACCCAGCCUAUCGCCAAAGCCCUCUCCACUACCAACACAACGAGCCCGACCCCACCGCUGUAUAUCUUUCACCUCCUAGACCUUCGCUCCAUCGUUGCGUCACCAGAAACAGAACACAAAGUAUUCAGAGCCAUGGAGCGCACCUGCGAAGUCUUCGCAUAUUGUCUCCUCGAUCUCGACCUUCUCGACCAGCAAGACCUAGUGUUGCGCCUCGGCGAUUUCACCCUCGAUUUCCACGAUAUGGCGGAGCAUUUGAGCAUCCUAGCUGUGAAGGCGGUUGUCAUGAAGCUGAUGCAGAUGAUUAUAAAGGGGCUAUUCGGGUUUGUCCAGGGAGAGAUGGUUGAUGCGCACGCGGGAGUGAGGAUGAUCUUUGCGUUUGGCGUCUUAGGUGUUGAUUAUGAGAACCGGGCAUUACGAAAACGGAGGGCAGGCGAGAAGGGAAUGACCCCUUCUUCCAAUGGUUAA